CGAAUGAUCCCCACUGAGAACAGCUGAUAACAAGGAGCACCAUCACUUGACGACUUGCAGAGCAACAGAUAAGACGUGUAUAGCCAGUGUUAAGAAGAAAAGACAAACAAGGAUAGAUGCCUCCUCCGACUGUCUUAAAGCGGAGACACUCUCUGCGGGGGAAAGACUUGUUCCCCGUCAUCAAAGAGCUGCGAGGACUAGAACAGCCGGUGAAGCAGUUUGCGCGGUACAAAAUUAACACGCCGCUUGAAGACAUGGACAAAGAGGAAGUGAUUAACGCCUUCAGGGAGUUGACUGGAGAGUCAGAAAAAGACUGCCUGCAGAUGGCAGGUAGAGAGAUGUCAGACGAGAAUUUAAGGACGCUUCUCCAUCUAGUUAUCUUAAGGGCGAAUGAGUUCGGCCAACCAGCUGGCCAAGAAUUAGCCGCCGAGAACAAGGAGAGUGAGCCGGAAGAGCCACCUGCCAAGAAAGGAAAGUCGGCGCCGAGCGUUGAGAAGAGACUACAAGAACUUGAGAAAAGUCAGAAAAAUGAAGAGGACAAAGAAAUAGAGAAUGUGAAAGAAAAGGAAUUUAACAUUUACGUUCCUGACUGGGAGAAAAGUGACGAAUUUAACCCAGAGGAAAUUAUUUUACGUAAGAGAGAGCAUCCUACUUGGACGACAUUGGGAGAAUACGGUUCCAAGCCAACAAUCCAUGCAGAUGGACAAAUGGAAGAUAAUGAAGUUGACCUUCCUGCUAUUGACAAGAGAUUAAGUCAGCUUGAAAAGAACGAGGACAAUAAAAAGGCCACAAAGAAGAUGAAAAACUUGGAAAAAAGGGUACGACUUUUCUUAUCACAGUUACCAACCUCUCCGGACUUAACAAGUAUGACGCCACAAGAUGUGUGCCGAUUUAUGGUGUGGAGUGAUAGAUUCGGGAAGACGAAGAUACACGGGAUCUCGUGUCCACACUUGGGUAAACUUGGUUUAUUUGAAUGCACAUGCCCUACUAGGCUCGCAGCAGGAACUAUUCAUAAUAUGGUUCAACAGAUAUCUGAGAUAUUGUAUGUACAUGGAAGAACUCGAUCAUGGGAUGUUCAUACUAAGUCAGGGAAUCCCUGCUUGUCCCCGGAAGUAAAAAACUAUGUAAAAUUCUGUAAAGAAGAACAGGCAAAAUCCCAUGUGUUACCUAAACAAGCCAGACCGAUAUUUUUGGGAAAGAUAAAGAAAAUGACCCUGUUUAUUGAUAGAGAAUUUGCUCGCCCUGACCUUUCCUUAAGGGAAAAGUUUGUCUUGAUUAGAGAUCAAGCGAUAUUCAAAAUUCAGUUCUUUGCCGGGGAUAGAAUCAGCGAUGUUUGCAAUAUUUUAUCGCAGGAAGUUAAAAAAUUGCAGGAUAACUCCGGAUUUGUUUUCGAGCACACCUACGGGAAGACAUUACGUGGAGAUGGAAAGUCAAACACCUUUGUCAUAAAAAGGUCCCAAGAUAAGUCAAUCUGUCCUGUCUUAGGUCUUGAAAACUACUAUGCCUGGUCCAAACAAAAUAACGUGGAUUUGAGUCUAGGAUAUCUCUUCAGGCCCGUAUCAGAAUCAGGGCGAGUACUGGAUCAACAGCUGGGUUACUCGGCAAUUUAUGAACGGCUUCGGUUUUACCUGGUAUCUUUGGGUAUUUAUGAAGGAGAAACCCCACACAGUCUACGAGGAGGUUUUGCUGUAACCAUGGCGAUCUCAGGCACUGCGACAUCUCCCCAGGAACUCAUGAAGCAUGUCGGAUGGUCGAGUGAACGAUCAGCUUAUUAUUACAGCAGGACGAAAACCUUGACAGAUGCUAGCACAUUAGCAAGCAAUAUUGCCAAUCUAUCAGCAGACACAGACGAAAUUGAAGGAUUUUACAAAACACAUGGAGAAUUUUCCUCUCUUAGUCCAGCCUUUAAGCCGACAAAUUAA